AUGGACAAUCCCGCCGUGCUGCCAUCGAUUGGCGAUUACCUAAAGCUGGUCAAAGACGUGCAUCUAGCUAUUCAAACCAUUGGUACAUUCGGCUUGGAACGUACAGUGGCUGUGAAUCUGACAUUGGCAGCAGUACGAUUAGUGACACUUCUGUUUGGAACAAAGAAAUCUGGCACUCAACAGAUGUACAUGAUUCAAAGUGAGCGGCGUUUCCUCGGGCAAUCGUUGCUGACUUUUCUCAGCGAGUUGAUCUAUCUAUAUGGAACAUUCUGGAUUGGAUUCAGAUAUCUCCAUCUUGGUAAUGCGAAUUUCAACACAAACAUGAACUUCAUCACAAGACCAAUCUCCAUCGGGUUUACUCCAAUAUACUACAUUAUGUUUUCGAAAGAAAUACGUCGUGAUGUGCUGGCAAUGAUACAAUGUCGUACGAGAAUGAUACAUCUUUUGCGUUAUCGUGGGGAACAAGUAGCCUAG